AUGAAGAGGUCUCCAUCUGAAGUUGAGGGCAAAGGAAUCCCCAGUUGUAUCUUUGUGCCUGCAUGUGAGUUUCCAGAUCUUUCCCACAGAAGAAACAGUGAGCCUGUGCUGGGCAGCAAGAGCAGCGAGCACAGUCACAAGAGCUGCAGCCGCACUAACGCUACAGUUCCUGGCACUACUGAGAUUCCUGAUGAGAGCUUUAGCAGCUACACUAGCAGCAGCAACUGCAACUUGCACGAAAGUGGUUUGAUGGUGCAGAGAGUCCCACGCAAGACCCGAAGGUUCAGUCAGCCUGUACCACCCACACCGGUACCAGCAUGCUUGGAUCGAGCCGAAGCUAGAUUUCGACGAUGGGCUACUACAGGUACAGGUACAGGUUCCAACUGUCGCAGUGUCAGCGUUUGCACAGCACCUCCUUCCUUGCCACAACGAUCUCCUGAAGUCUUGCGCAAACAAAGGGAUCCGAGACGAGGAUUGCCGGCACUCUCUGCGGAUCUCGCUAGCAUGGCGCAGAGUAUCCAACAGCAAAGGCGGAGGAGUAAUAGCAUGUCGGGACCGCCCAAGUGUCCCUUGAGAGAUAGUCAAACCACGCAAGGCACUGCUGCCACCGCGAAUAGUACCAGAUGCUCCUCAGUCUAA